AUGUCCGGCUCACUGACUCUCCACCACUGGCAACAACUGGCCCAACCUCACCUGGCCACCAUCUUGGAUCCUCACCCAGGUGUAGUGACGAAGGGUUUCUGCCCCUUGGCUCAAGAUGCCGUCUUCAACAUGUCAGACAUGGAGGAGGAUGAGGAGGGUGAAGAGCGCAGGAGUAAACAGGAGAAAGGGGCGGCAGAGCGAGGUAAAGAAGAGGAAGAAGAGGAAGAAGAAGGCGGGAUAACCUUCAAAGUGAGGGUUUCAUCUACACCGAACGACAGGAAGUAUUCGGAUUCACCACUUCCUGUCCCGCCUCCCUCCCCCGAAUUACCUUCACCUUCUCCUUCUUCUUCCUCCUCUGUUAAAUCGGACCUCUGUGUGACUCAUCUCGUCUCCAGCCAAUCAGCGCAGCCCAUUACAGGGACAUGUGCAACAGUGGUCCAAUCACAGAGUCAGAUCUGCAUCUCCACGACAACGACUUCUUCUAUCCAAAAUCCAGGGAAGUGCCAGAGCUCCACCUUCUCGACCUACACCUUCACGACGUGUAGCAUCCUGCACCCGAGCGACAUCACACAAGUCACCUCAAGUUCUCAGUCGUCCAUCAUGGCCAACACUCCCAGCUCCAUGAGGACGGGUCCCAGUACUCCAGUGACUCCGUGCAGGCUGAGUUUAGGCGACUGUUUCCCCGCCCGUCGCCCUCCUGUACCCACCAGAGGUCUGGCUAAACUGGUCCUGGAGAGAGGCAUUUCUGCACAAAUCUCCAUCGACACGCCUCCUCCAUCUCCAAAACCUACAUCCAGACAGCCUCUGUUUCGUCUCCUCCCAGGAACGCCUCCUAACUCCCCUUCUCACUCUCGAUCCCCCUCUCCUGUGCCUCAUGAAUCACGUCAACAUCCCGCCGAUAAUUUCCUCGUUUCUCGGCCCGCGGAGCUUUUCCUGCAGGACGUUUACGGGUUAAAUCUGGGUCGUGCUCCACAUCCAGAUUUGCCGAGUCCCUCCCAGGAAGCUCCAGCUCGCGCCCCUUCCCCUAAAUUGGGUCGACCUAGGCCUGAUCUCGGCUUAGUGGAGAGAUUACGACGACUCGGAUUCGCUAAAGUGCUCCAAGGAUCGAAAUCCGACGCAUCAGCACCACGACAGGAUUGUUCUACGUUUGUUUCAGCAGGCGGUGGAAGCCUAUUGGACGGUUUGAGGCGGAACCAAAGUCUCCCAGCUAUGAUUGGUGCCCGAGCAGCGAAGUCAAACCCAACUCUUCCUCAUCCUCCUCCUCCUCAUCCUACAACCCUCGCUCUCCCCCCUUCUCCCUGGGGAAACCCCAAAGAACGACGCCGCCAUCUUGGCUCUGUCUCCCAUGUCCCGUCAUCCAAACGUUGAUCGUCCAGAACAUAAACAAACCUUCUUUAACACCUCCAUCUUCUUCUUCCUCCUUGUCUGCCUUUUGGAGAAAAUAGUAAUGGCGGAACAAUCCCUCCUUUUUAUGACUUAUUUUAAAGCACAAUUUAAACUGAACCGACUGUUUUUAGCGAUACCGCCGCAGUGUCUGUGUGUAGCUGUUUGCCAUGAUGCUAGUUACCGAGGCCUUAGUUUUUGCCUGCGACUGGGUUUUUUCCACAUCUUGAUACCUUCUCAGUCAUUUUUAGUAUUUAUAUAUUUUUCCCACGUGGCUCUGGAUGUUCAGGUAAAGGUAGACGAGGGACAUGUAAGUGGACGAAGGUUUGUGGAUGUGGAUUGAAGAAGAACGAGUUAUUACGAAGGUACGAAAAGGAAGGUUUUUUUGUUAAUAAUGUAAAAAGGGAAAAGUAAGUGAAAGAGAGACGGAACAUCCAGAGUUGCUAUUCCAAGGGCUUGUUCUGUUGGUUGGAAAAGUCUGUACUAUCAUCUGCCCAUUUUAAAGUUGAUGGUUUAUCUGAAAAUAACCAGUCACAAAAGAAGGGAAUAAACAUUAGGGCUUCGGAUAACAAAUAUUUCCUUUAUAGUUUAACCUGCCGAUUGUUUUCUAGAUUGAUCGAUUAAUGGUUUGGUCAAUAAAAUAGUGAAAAACCUCCCUGUCAGAUUCUCUAAAUUCAAGAUGAUGUCUUUCACCUAAUUCAAAACCACCUUUUAAUGAUACAAAACUGAAAAAGGAGGACAUUUUCUGUCAUUUUUCGCAUGAACAAUAACCAUCCAUUAUUUUUCUGUGGAUCAAAGUUCACAAAUGUUCACCGCUUUAUUCAACGUGCUUCUUUAACUUGAGGAUUUUAAGUGCUAGCUGGCUUCAUAGCAUACUGCCGGGCUAAUAUUCAAACCAUGCUAUUGACAUGCCGGUAUUAUUCAUAUUAUUAUGAUUUUACAGUAGUCCAAAUUUGUUGCACGGAUGUUUUGUUCAUCGCCCAUGUGCCAUGCCUCUUGCUACUUUGCCUACAAGUCCCAGCAUGCAUUUCGGGCGAAGUCCCUCCCUUUCCGGUGGACCUCCAUGGGACCUUAUUUCGGAAAAAUGAUGUAUUGAAGUCAUUGG